CUCAGUGCUGCAGAGAGACGUCUGGUGUUCUCUAUUAUCAAAGUUUACAGCUUUUGGCUUUACCUGAUAGGCUACAUCAUACAUCAGAGACCCACGGACAUGUCUGCUGCCUGCAAUUUCCUUUCUGAAGAGCACUUUCUGUGUUCCAUCUGUCUGGAUGUGUUCAUUGAUCCAGUCACCCUACCGUGUGGACACAACUUCUGCAAGAACUGCAUCACAGAACACUGGAAGAUUAAUGUCCAAAGCCAGUGUCCCAUGUGUAAAGAUCUUUUUGACAGAAGGCCUUUGUUGCGGGUCAAUACAUUCAUAUCUGAGAUGGCUGAUAAUUUCAGGAUGUCAGACAUAAAGAAAGUCAGCAGCUGCUCAGUGCACUGUGAUGUCUGCCCUGAAACCAAACUGAAGGCCCUGAAGUCCUGCCUGGUGUGUUUGGCCUCCUACUGUGAAAUUCACCUGGAGCUUCAUCACAGAAUCACAGGCCUGAAAAGACAUAAGCUGAUUGAUCCUGUGGAGAACCUGGAAAACAGAAUGUGUAAGAGGCAUGAUAGACCCUUGGAGCUGUUCUGCCAGACAGAUCAGGUGUGUGUAUGUCAGUUCUGCACUGAAUCAGACCACAAGAGACAUUGCAUCGUUCAUCUAAUUGAAGAAUAUAAACACAAGAAAGUUAAACUGGAGAAGACACAGGCUGAAGUUCAACAGAUGAUAGAGGAGAGGCGACUGAAGGUUCAGCAGAUGAAAGAAUCACUGAAGCUCAGCAAGGAUGAUGCAGACAGAGAGACAGCAGCCGGUGUUCAGGUCUUCACUGCUCUGAUCCAGUCUGUUGAGAGAGGCCUGGCUCAGCUCAUGGAUGCGAUUGAAGAGAAGCAGAAAAAAGCAGAGAAACAGGCUGAAGGUUUCAUCAAAGAGCUUGAACAGGAAAUCUCCGAGCUGAUGAAGAGACGCACCGAGGUGGAGCAUCUCUCACACACUGACGACCACCUCCAUUUGCUUCUAAGCCUCCCAUCCUUAACCCCUGCUCCACCCACCAAAGACUGGACAGACGUUAAAUUUCAGUCAUCCUACAAGGGCACUGUGGGGAGAGCUGUGGCUCAGCUGGAGGAGACACUCAGUAAAGAGAUGAAGGAGCUGUGUGCUGAUGUUGAUCUGAGGAAGGUUCAGCAAUAUGUAGUAGAUGUCACUCUUGAUCCUGACACUGCUAGUCCCUAUCUCAUCCUGUCUGACGAUGGGAAACAAGUAAAGUGUAGUGAUAAACCAAAUGAUGUCCUAGACAACCCAUUGAGAUUCUCCAUCUGUAACGGUGUUUUAGGAAAGCAGAGUUUCUCUUCAGGUAGAUUUUACUACGAAGUUGAGGUUGGAGGCAAAACUGAAUGGGACCUAGGGGUGGCCAAUGAAUCGGUCAUCAGGAAGGGAAAGAUCAGAUUGUCCCCUAAGAAUGGCUUUUGGAGUAUAUGGUUGAGAAAUGUAGAUGAGUAUAAAGCUCUUGCAGGCCCUGGUGUCCUUCUCUCUCUGAAGUCUCGGCCUCAGAAGGUGGGGGUGUUUGUGGAUUAUGAGGCAGGUCUGGUCUCCUUUUAUGACAUAGAUGCUGCAACUCUGAUCUACUCCUUUACUGGCUGCUCCUUCACUGAGAAAAUCUGCCCAUACUUCAGUCCUUGUAGUAAUGGUGGUGGCACAAACGCUGCCCCCAUGAUCCUGCUCCCUCCAUGCCAAACAAAUUAGACAUAUCAAUUGAUUUCCUCUGCAAAUCUCCUCAAUAACUUUAAAAAAUACUCUUAUCACAUAACUGUCAAAAGUAUAAUACAAACAGCAGGGGAGAAGUUGCUGAACAAAACUCAAAGUUUAAAAUAAAAACACAGACACCACCCAAAAACAAGUUCACAGCUAUUUUAAUGUAAACAGUGACAUGAUUGCCACAACUUAUCAUGAUUGACAGGUGUGCAUGUAGAAUCCCUUGCUUUAUUGUCAGUUUUUUUUGUUUAAGAUUAUUUUUUGGGCCUUUUUGGCCCUUAUUUUUAUAGGACAGCUGAACACAUGAAAGUGGAGAGAGAGGGGGAGUGACAUGCAACAAAGGGCCACAGAUCGGAGUCGGAACCUGGGCCGCUCCAUAUACAGUACCUCUAUAUAUGGGCACGCGCUCUACCAGGUGAGGUUACUGAGGUAAUCAAUCAAGUGAGAAUCAGGGUCAUUUUCUCAUAGACUUCUAUAAAAAAACAAAUUCUUUUUGCAAACAUUGGAGUCACCCAAUGCUGGAAAUUAGAUAGGAUGCGGGUCUGAGGAACUUCCGCAUUGGCUUCACCAGAAGCUUUGUCCAAUAUUUUAACAGUCUAUGUCCCAAACACAUUUUCUACCAUUCAAGGGGCAGCGAGAGCCCUGAGACUGUUUAUUUAACAAUAUAUAAAUAAUGAUAAGCAGAAUAAGAAUACGAGGUUAGCUGUCGCUUUUGCUGUUGCCAAAAUGUUUAUUUUCAAUAAGUGGAUAGGUAGAAUUUCCUUAUCAAUUGAAAACCGCUAAACUGGAUAGAGUGAGAGAGAUGUGUGAUGACAAUUAUUCCUUUUAGCAACCUAGUCUGUAUACUGAAAGUCUCUUGCAAAUGCUAUUUUUUCUGUAUCUAUUUGUUAAACAUUUCAGUAUUUUAAUGUAGUUUUUGUUUUGUUUAAUUUGUACUGUGUGUUUGUCAGUUCACAACACUUUCACAAAGUGAUGGUAGACUGAUCUUUAAAGACAGUGUUAGAUUUGUAGACUUGUCUAAUGCGAGUUGGAUAUUUAUACAAAAAAUAGACUAAAAAUCAGUGCAAAUAUGUCUAAAUUUCUAUUUAGCUAACUAGCUAGUAGUGUGGAAUAAGCAAUGAGAGGGGUAAGCCAUACCAGUAUUGUGUGUCACUAUGGGUUUCCUCCCCCAAACUUAAUUUGUGCAUAUGAAAUAAAUAUCCAAAAGAAGAGAUAUACAAUAACAUAAGAAAAUGCACCGGCGGGGAUGAAAAAAACCCUGAGUGCUCAUUAUUAUGGUAUCCGUCAGUUUGUUGCUCAAUGUUGUAAUUAUGAUUGGUUAUGGUUCGAUUUCUUUACACUCAUGUAGUUGUUGUGAUGUUUAUGUUGUGUAAUGUGUAACCUAGGAAGUUUGCCUUCUUGCCUUGUAUGGAAUGCCGUUUUAUUCACAAUUAAAUAAAUGAAUAAAUACAUAAA